UCUUCAUUUACAAUUGGUACUAAAAAGAAUAAUGCACAUAUUUAUUGGCACACUUUAGUGUAAAUACACACACAAACAUACAUAUACAUAUGUAUAUGUAUGAAUAUGUAUGUUUGUGUGUACAGUUAUUGAACUAAGCAAUUACUACCGUUUGUACUGAUUUAUCUCUUGACGAAGACAACACCAACAAAAAAAAUCCUUGAAUAAAUUACUGAAAACUAAAAAGUGACUAUUAUAAUUCAAAUCAUAGUACUCAAAUCAUAAAUUUUUCAUCAUUAAAAUCAUACUGGAAAGUUUGUUUAAACUAAUCUCAGUGAUUAAAAUUUUAAAUCAGUCAUUCCAACGUUUCGUCCAACUAAUUUAUCUGGACUUCUUCAGUUUUAUCAUCUUUCCUCAAAAAAAAAUAAAAAAAUAAAAAACUUAAAAGAAUCUAUGGAGCGUAUUUCAGAUAAGAAAAAUAAAAAAAAGGAACGAAAAAAAAGACAAAAAAAAUUUGGAUCUUAUACAAAUCAGUAGUAUAAUGAUAAAAAAAACUGAUCUAAUAUUCAUUGGAACUAUGAUAUUUGCUAUUUGAUUCUCCAUGGUAACUAAUAACAUUAAUUAUUAUAGUUAAUACAUUUAUUCACAAGAAUGAUAUAUCAUUUAAUGAUAAAACUAUAUUAUACUAUUCUAUGGUAUUCUAUUCUAUGUAUAUUCACUAAUUUCAUUUAUAUUCCAUCUAUUUCAACUAAUACUAUGAAUAAUAAUAAUGCGGAUAUAUCAGCGAUUUCAUCAUUGAAACCGGACCAAUUAAAAAUUGUUAAUAUGAAUGAAAAAGAUGCAAUUAGUCGUUUAUAUGGUGAAUCAUCAUUAAUGAAUAUAAAUAAUAUGAAAAUAUCAUCGAAUCAAUUUAAUAUUAAAACAUAUGAAUUUAAAUUAAAUGAAGAAAUAAUCUAUACAAAAAAUAUACCUAAAUAUCUAAUACAACCACCAUCUAUUAUUUAUACAACUAAAUGGCAACCAGCUAUUGUUUAUUGUGUUGCUGAACCAGUGAUAUUAUUAUAUAUAGUAUGUGUUACUAAUACAAUUCAUUCAAAUAAACGAUAUGAAUACCCUAAUAAUAAUAAUAAUAAAAGGAAUAUAGAAUUAAUAAUGAAUCAAAUGAAUGAAAAAUUGAAAUAUAAUAUUAAUAAUGAUUUAAAUAAACAAAAACGUAAAACAAGUAUACGUUUAAUUGAUGAAAAUACAGUAGAAGAAUGGUUUGGUGAUUAUUGGUGUCAAUGUGAAGCAUGGAAUAAUAUUAUUGAAUUAGGUGAACCACGUGUAAAAAUAAGCAAUCAAACACAUAUACGUAUUGCAUAUUUAAACAAACGUUUUAUAAAACAUCCAGAGUCAACAAGAAUACCACUUGGUUGGACUGUGGAAUUCACAUGUGAACCACCAGAUGGUAGACCAAUACCAAAGGUCUAUUGGAUGAAGAAUGGACGUAAACUUGAAGUGAAUCAUUCGCAAGAUCCAAUGUCAAAAUCUUUAAAACAAACAAAUAAUAUUUUUAAUUAUCAAAUUAUAAAUCAUGAUUUAAAUAUAAAUGAUUCUGGAUUAAUUAGUCGUUUAAUUAUACGUCAUACACAUUUGAAUGAUGAAGGUGUUUAUACAUGUGUAGUUGAAAAUCUAGCUGGACGACGUAUUUCAUCGAAUGCUCAACUUACAAUACAUACUGAUGGACAUUGGUCAACCUGGUCACCAUGGUCAAAUUGUCCAGAUUAUUGUGUAAUAUCACAGGCUAACUCGACAAUGUCACAAUUAUCUAAUCAGAGUAAAAUUUCAGAAUAUAAUAGUAAGUUGAUUUGUUCUACGCAAUGUCGUCAAUCGUUUGGAAAACGUACAAGAUGGUGUAAUGCUCCAGAACCACACGGAGGUGGGAGAAAAUGUCAUGGUGAAAAUACUGAACAUCUAUCUUGUUACGAUAUUUGUCUAAAUAAUUUGACAAAUUCUCAACAAAUUUAUCAUUCUAAUGAACAUUUCAACAAUAAAACAAAGCAGUUAACAACAUUAGAGUUCAGUUUAUUAUUUAGUUUAGGAUUAGCUAUAUUAUUCUUUAUUAUUGCUGCUAUCAAUGUAUUAUAUAUUCUUAUAAAUAAAUGGUGCCCAAUCCUAUUCAAAUUAUUAUUACCCAAUGAAACAUCAUUAUUAACCAUGAAUCUAUUUCAUUCAUUUAUUCAUUGGUUUAAAUGUAAACAAACAAUGAAUAGUUCUAUGAAAGAUUUAGAUUCAAUUGAACAAUUUAUGGAAUAUAAAGAAGAAAUUAGUCAUUUACCAAAUUCAAAACAUUUAUUUAAUACAAAUAUAGAUUGUCAACAAUCAUUACAUUAUGAUUGUGUUAGUUUAAUCUCAUUGAAUAAAUAUGAUCAUAAAAGUAUGAUAUCAAUGAAUCAAAUUUAUAAAGAUUAUACAAUUCAUCCUUGUGUUGAUUCUACUUCAUAUAUAGAAAACUUCAAUCUUGAAAGAGCAAAUUACCAAUUUAAUGAUAAUAAUUACUGUGAUAAUUCUGUGAAUCAAUUUCAUAUGAAUGUACCAAUUCAGUCAAAUCCUCAAAUGAAAUUAUAUAACCAUAUCAAUACAGAAAGAAAUACAUUUAAUCUACCAUUGUAUUUAACACAUAGUCAUAGUACACAAUUCAUUAAUAAUUUACAAACACUAGAAGGAUUCAAUCCUCAAAUAACUGAUAAUCUAUACAAUUUAAAUCGUUCAUUCAACCAUUUAAAUGUGUUAUUGAACUCUAGAGAUGUAUUUCCUAAUUCAAUCAUUAAUCAAAGAUACUUUUCAAUUCCAACAACUUCAAUGCUAAACACAAAAUUAACUACCAUGGAAGAUAAUGUCAGUCCUUAUUUUUCUAUAGUCAUAUCACCAAAUCAAACUGAUAUCAAUCCUGGUUUAACUUCAUUGGAUAGUCGAAGAAGAACUAAUCUUAUUCAAUCUACUGCUCCGAUAUCAUCCUAGUCAUCAGUAUGUGAAAUUCAACUUUGGAUUAUUAAUGACAAUUCACUCUUAUAGGUUGUAAAUUGUGGUUUUAUCGGAUAGAUUAAUGUAUGUAUAUGUGUAUAUAUAAAACUAUGUUGGUACUGUAGAUUGAAUGAGAAUUAUGUGAUAUUAUUAAACAGGAAAAAUAUUUUCCAUAAAUUCAUUUACGCACAAAAAAAUUUCCAUAUCUAUGUACCGAUGUGAUUUACACGCAUUUUUAUUUGACUUAUUUUAUCUACUGACUUAUUUUAAAGUAGUAUGCUAAUAACUUCAAAAUUUUGCUGUAAUGAAAAAGAUUCGUUAUCUGUUCUGUUCAUUUUUCUUUUGGAAAUUACUGCACUUUCCUCAAAAAAAGAGUAUUAUUC